AACGCAGAUGAAGAUGAAGAUGAAGAUUUCCUCCUUCCUCUUCUUCCUUGCUCUUUUUCACUUGCUAUGUUUCUCAAAGACUCAUGCCGCAGUGCCGGAGUUCUGCGUCGGCGACACUUCCGCCCCGGAGACUCCCUCUGGCUACCAUUGCAAACCGACGGCGAACGUUACCGUGGAUGACUUCAUCUUCACCGGCCUCGCCGCCCCCGGCAACACUACAAACAUCAUCAAGGCCGCAGUGACUCCGGCCUUCGCCGCCCAGUUCCCUGGCGUGAACGGACUCGGCAUCUCCAUCGCCAGGCUGGACCUCGCCCCCCACGGCGUCGUGCCGCUGCACACGCACUCCGGCGCCACAGAGUUGCUGAUCGUGGUGGAGGGCACGAUCCUGGCGGGCUUCAUCUCCAAUGCCAAUGCAGUGUACUACAAGAAGCUGAAGAAGGGGGACGUGAUGGUGUUUCCACAGGGGCUGCUGCAUUUCCAGCUGAACGUCGGCCGCAGGCCAGCUUUGGCGUUCGCGUCCUUCACUAGCGCCGAGCCUGGGCUGCAGAUCACGGCGUUGGCGCUGUUUGGGAACAGCUUGCCGUCGGAGCUGGUGACGGGCACCACCUUCCUCUCCCUCAAGGAGGUCAAGAGACUCAAAGCUGUGCUUGGAGGAACUAACUGAUGCAGAACUACUCCUAACUCUCUCUCGCUCUUCACGCUGUUUGUGCGCUGUCUUCGGUCGUUUCUUCACCUUUGUUUGGUUCAUGUUCUUGUUGUCUCAAACUCACCAUGUUGGUUGAACUCCUCCUUUAGUCAUUUCUUCCUCA